UUUCCCUACCACUGACACAGCUACAGCUACAGCCACUGCAACUGCAACUGCCACUCUCUCUCUUUCUCUCUCUCUCUCUCUAUAUAUGUAUAUGAUGAUGAAGAUGACGAUGAACCUCUCUCUCUCCUGCUGCUGUUGCUGUUGUUUUUGGUUACGGUGAUCCAUUGAGUUCUUCUCUUCUCUUCCCUUCUGCAAUCAUCAAUCACUUGUCAAAAUCAAUUCUCUCUUCUGUUCGAUCCAUUCAUCCAUCCGGUCGGCACUCCUCUUCUUGUCUCCUCUCUCUCUUUCCCUGCAACUGAAUCCCCUCUCUGCUAGAACAGUGAUUUCUGCCGCCUAAAACCCCUACACACUCCUCCUUCCCUCUCAUUUCGCCAUUAAUUUCUUUCAUUGCAGGCGUUCCUGUUGAUACUGAGUCGAAUCACUGCUUGCUUUGCUGUGUUCUUUUGUUGAUUUUUUGUUUCGAUUUUGGUUUUGUUUGUUUGUUUGUUUGUCGACGGUUUCCAUGGAAAAUUGCUUGGAUCCGCAGCUGUGGUUCGCCUGUGCCGGCGGAAUGGCGCAGGUUCCGCCCCCAAAUUCUAGGGUUUAUUACUUCCCUCAAGGUCACGCCGAGCACGCCAAUGAGACUGCGAAUCUCGCCGGAUUCGGUAAAAUUCCGCCUCUGAUUCCUUGUAUUGUUUCCUCUGUGAAGUAUUUGGCCGAUUCUGAGUCCGACGAGGUGUUCGCGAAGAUUCGGUUGGUUCCGGUGGCUGGGGAUGACGAAUUUGGGGAUGAAUUUGUUGGAUUUGAUAAGAACAGUGUUGGUGAGAUGGAGAAAUCGAAUUCGAAUUCGAAUUCGUUCGCGAAGACACUAACGCAGUCGGAUGCGAACAACGGCGGCGGAUUCUCUGUGCCGCGGUACUGCGCGGAGACGCUCUUCCCGCGGCUGGACUACACGUCGGAGCCGCCGGUGCAGACGAUCCUCGCCAAGGAUGUCCACGGCGAGGUCUGGAAGUUCCGCCACAUUUACCGGGGGACGCCGCGGCGGCAUUUGUUAACCACCGGCUGGAGCAGUUUCGUCGGCCGGAAAAAGCUCGUCGCCGGAGAUUCCAUCGUCUUCUUAAGAGCAGAGAACGGCGAUCUCUGCGUCGGUAUCCGCCGCGCCAAGGGCGGCGGCGGCGGAUUCGUCGCCGUCGGCGAUGGCGGUAGCGGGUGGAAUUGCGGUUACCGAGGAUUCUCCGGCGGCGGCGGGACUGGCCGGAGAAGUGAAUUCAACGACGUCAUCACCCUCGCGGCGCGGGGACGAGAGUUCGAAGUCGUCUACUACCCACGCGCAAGCACGCCGGAAUUUGUGGUGGCGGCCACCUCCGUUAGGGCGGCAAUGGGAGUCCGGUGGAGCUCCGGGAUGAGGUUUAAGAUGGCGUUUGAGACGGAGGACUCGUCGAGGAUUAGUUGGUUCAUGGGAACCGUAUCGUCGGCGUUCGCCGACGAUCCGAUCCUUUACCCGAAUUCACCCUGGAGAUUUCUUCAGGUUAUCUGGGACGAGCCGGAGUUACUACACAACUUGAAGCGCGUAAACCCGUGGCAAGUCGAGUUGGUGUCGAACGUUCCCGCCGCCGUCCAUUUCUCACCGCCGAGAAAGCGGGCCCGGCUACCUCAAUUUCCCGAGAUCACAAUCAAUCGGGCCGGGCCUGGGCCCAGACCCUCGUGUUACUUGCAAGAAGAUGUGCUAUCCGUUGGCAUACAGGGAACCAGGCAAACUCGACAAUUCGAGUCAGGCUAUAUGGGCCUCAAACCGUUCGAUUUUAAGCUACUCGACUAUUCGGGCCCGUUCCCGAGGUUUCUCAUGGGGCAUUCUCUCGAAAAUCGGUCGUCGAAAGCGGGAAGCUCGACGGUAGAAUUGGCGAAAAAUGAGGUUUCUAGAGGAGAACCGAUGUUUUUGUUGUUCGGACAACCUAUUCUUACCGCGGACCAAAUUAAACGAAGCUACUCAGGUAGUAACAAUAGUUUGUCUGAAGAGAACGCGGCGAAUGUGUCUAAUGGGUCGGGUUCGGGUGUGAUUCAAAGCUUUUAUCCGGAGGCGUCCUCCGACGGGGAGUUUCCGGCGCUUGCGUUAGCGUAAUAAAUUCGGGUUGGAUCAGAUCAGAUUUCGGAUUUCGGGAAUUUGAUGGGUUUUCAAAUGUAAAGUUGAUUUUAUUACAACUUUAGGGUUUUUUUUUUAAUUUAUUUAAAUUAAUUUCGUUUGUUAUGA